AUGUAUUAUUACAAUUAAAGAAUACCAGUUCCAUUACAAAGAAUAGAAUUCAAACAUAUUCUUUCUGGUUUAUAAAAGCAUUCAUAAAGUUAGGAUGAAAUAAAAUAAAAGCCUAAAGAAACUAGAAAGUAUUGAUCAAUAAGCAUAUAAAAAGAAAAAUAAAAAAACCUGAAGUAAAAUUCUUAUAGGACUUAUAAAGAAAUGAGACUUGUGACUACCAAGCAUUAUAAACAUCGGAUACAAUAUGGGAUGAUAGAAUAUUAUAAAAAUUGGAGAAAUUGAAGAAGCAGCCUAAUGAAUUCUUUUAAAAAAUUCCAAAAGAUCCAAUAACAUUAAUGAAUUCAUCUAAAAUAAACAAAUUCUUUGAAAUUAAAUUAUUAGCAUAAUCAAAAGAAGAUGCAUAAAAAGUUUCAAGAGAAUCAUAAAGAUAAUUGAAUUAAAUAUAAGAGGUGGCAGUUAAAGAGUUAUUGAAUAAGUAUCCACAUUAAUUCAAUUUUACAGCAUCUGCAGAUGCAAGAAAGAAAAAAGAAGUAUUGGACACAAAAGAUAAAUAUAUGAAAAUAUUUUUUAUUAGAAAUUGUUCUACAAGUAUGAGUAAAUGUAAAAUGAAUAAUAAAUAAUUACAUAAUAGUGAGGAUUCAUAAAAAUAUAUUGAGAAUUAAGAAUAAAUAUAAGAAAGAAAGAAGAAUAAAAGCAAUUUAUCAUUUUGUACAUGGAGUAAAUUAUAAGAAUUAGAAUGUCCAGGAUAUUGUAAUUUCAUAAAAUAAUUGGCAAUUAAAAAUAAAUUAUAGCAGAGUUGUUCUUAAUAGAAAAGUAAUUGUUAUAAUUUAGAAAAUGAAUGAUUGAAUUAAUAAAUUUAUUAUUUUUGUUAAUAUUGUAAUUAAUUAAUUUCUAUAGUAAUGGAGGAUAAGUGCAAGUUACAUUAGAAAGACUUUACCUACAUGUAAAUUCAUAUUAUUAAGAGACAGUUGCAUACAUCCAGAUUGUUUUAAAUAUAAACGAUUAUGUAAUGAUUGCAAAGUGAAUCAUGAAAGUAGACAUAAAAAGAAUUAAAUAUAUUAAAAUAAAUAGUUCACAAUAACAAUAUAAGAAUGUAAAUAAUAAGUGGAGAAGAAUUUGAAUAUGGUAAAAGAGGAAUUGGAAUUAGCGGAGAAUAGAGCAGCAAAUGCAUUAAUAACAUCAGUUAAUAGCAAUAUUGAUGAGAUUAUUUUAGAAAUAGAAUCAAUAAGAUAAUAGAUUCAUAAAUUAUUUGACAAAUAUAUCUAAGGAUUGAGAGAUAAAUUUGAAUAUAAAGUAAAAUAGAGUAUUCAUGCUUUAUAUGAUCAAAUCUAAGGUUAAUUAACAUAAAUUAGAUAAUUUUAAAAUGAUAUCAAUUCAAUUGAUACUCAAAAGAAAGUGAUGUCUACAGAUUUGGAUUAUUAAGUAUAAUAUCAGAAAAAUAGAUUGGAAUCACUUAUAUAUUAAAGAGCUAAUUAAAAAUUUUAUGGUAGAAUAGAUGAUGAUGUAGCCUUACAUUUUAUUGGAGUGAUUUAGAAAGAAUUAGAAUAAUUAGUGAUAUAUGAAAAAAAUAAGUUAAGUUCUUAAAUUGAGAGUCUUAAUUAAAUGACUCUAUAGGCACAAUAAACUAAAUAGAAAUCUAUUAAGAAUUUCUAAAAGUUUUUAAGUUAUGCUCCUGAAAAAUUAGAUGAAAUGAAAAAUACAAUUUAAGGUACUUAAGAAUAUUCAUUUUAUCGAUCAUGGUUACAUUAUUUUGAACCUGGAACUAAAUUUUUGUAUUAUUUAGAUUUAAAACAAUAAAAUCCAUAAAUAACAAAAGUUGAACUUGAAAUUGAUUUUCUUAUAUCUUAAGGUAGUAGAUCUAUUUUGGCAUCAGAUGGUUAAAUAUAUUAUUUUUCAGGAUAUGAUAAUGGUUAAAAUGAUGAUGAAAAUAAAACUAUUUAUUAAUAUGAUCAUCCAUAAUUAUCAUUCAUUAAAAAGACUAGAAUGUAUACUCUAAGAAAGAACUUUUCAUUAUCUUGUACAGUAGAUAAAGAUAUAUUUAUUAUUGGAGGUUAAAAUUAUAAAGAAGGUUGUUUAGCUAAAUGUGAAAAAUAUAAUAUAAAUACUAAUUAAAUUACAUUAAUUAAGUAUAAUUUAAUUAAUAAUUAUAAGUCAUUUAACAGAGUUAUCAACUUUACAUUCAACAUGUACAUAUAAUAAUAAAUUAAUUGUUAAAUUUGGUGGUUUAAUUGCUAAUACUGAAGGUGAAGAUUUAAGAAAAUAAUGUUAAGGCUUAUUAGAAUUGUAUUUUAUAGAAUAAGAUUGUUGGGAAAGAGUAGAAAACACUACUAAUCAUACAUAAUAUCCAUUACAUACUAUUUUAUCUACUUCUAUUUAAAUUCUUAAUUCUAAUAUGAUAUAUAUAUUUGGUGGUUAAAUACUAUAAAAAUAAUCAUUUUAAACUAUUAAUCAAGGAUUUAUGAUUCAAAUUGAAGAAGAAGAAGAAUUUGAUUAAGAUUAGAUAAGUAUUUUAAUAUUUAUUAUUACUUUAGAAUUUUAACCUAAAUUAUAUUAUUAACUUUAACAUCCUAUUCCAUAAUAAGCAUAUUUUCUAACAUAACCUAUUUAUUAUUCUAAUAAAAUAAUGUGUCUUUUAAAAGAUGAUCAAAUGAUCAGGUCUUGUUAUGAUAAAAAUAAAUGGAAAACAUUUUGA